GCAAAAACCCUUGUUUCCCGUUGUUUCGUUUCUUCUCUGGUUCAGGAGCUAAAGCGGGUCAAAUACGCAGCUGAAUCGUCGAUUCUUAGGGUUUUGUCAUGGAGGAAGAAUCUACAUCAGAGAUUCUAGAAGGAGAGAUUGUUGGAAUCACAUUUGCUCUUGCAACUCACCAUGAAAUUUGUAUAGCAUCAAUUAGUGGAUCCGCAAUCAAUCAUCCCAGUCAACUCACUAACUCAUUCUUGGGGUUACCUCUUGAAUUUGGUAAAUGUGAAUCUUGCGGUGCGACAGAACCAGAUAAAUGUGAAGGUCAUUUUGGUUAUAUUCAGCUUCCAGUGCCAAUAUACCAUCCUGCUCAUGUUAAUGAGUUGAAACAAAUGCUGAGCCUUCUGUGCUUGAAAUGUCUGAAGAUAAAGAAGGCAAAGAGCACAAGUGGUGGUCUGGCGGAUCGCUUAUUGGGUGUCUGUUGUGAGGAAGCUUCGCAAAUCUCAAUCAGAGAUAGAGCAUCAGAUGGUGCCUCAUAUCUAGAACUGAAGCUCCCAUCUAGGUCAAGACUGCAGGCGGGUUGCUGGAAUUUCCUGGAAAGAUAUGGUUAUCGCUAUGGAAGCGAUUAUACGCGACCCCUGCUGGCAAGAGAGGUAAAGGAAAUUUUAAGACGGAUCCCCGAAGAAACAAGAAAGAAACUCACAGCAAAGGGACAUAUUCCUCAAGAAGGAUACAUAUUAGAAUAUCUUCCUGUCCCGCCUAACUGCUUGUCAGUGCCAGAUGUUUCUGAUGGUUACAGCUCCAUGUCAGUGGAUCCUUCCAGAAUUGAGCUAAAAGACGUCCUUAAGAAAGUGAUAGCCAUAAAAAGCUCUAGGUCUGGCGAGACAAACUUUGAGUCGCAUAAGGCUGAAGCCAAUGACAUGUUUAGAGUGGUGGAUACCUAUCUGCAGGUGAGGGGUACUGCAAAAGCUGCAAGAAACAUUGAUAUGAGAUACGGGGUGUCUAAGAUCUCGGAUAGUUCAUCUUCAAAAGCUUGGACACAAAAAAUGAGGACACUUUUCAUCCGAAAGGGUUCAGGUUUCUCUUCCCGUAGCGUCAUCACUGGAGAUGCUUACAGACACGUGAAUGAGGUAGGGAUCCCAAUAGAAAUUGCGCAGAGAAUCACAUUUGAGGAAAGGGUUAGUGUCCACAACAUAGGUUAUCUACAAAAGUUGGUAGACGACAAGUUGUGUUUGAGUUAUACUCAAGGUUCCACGACCUAUUCUUUAAGGGAUGGAUCCAAGGGGCACACUGUGCUUAAACCCGGGCAGGUUGUUCAUCGCAGGGUCAUGGAUGGGGAUGUUGUGUUCAUCAACCGACCCCCGACAACCCAUAAACAUUCUCUUCAAGCGCUUCGGGUGUAUGUUCAUGAAGACAACACCGUGAAGAUUAACCCUCUGAUGUGUAGCCCCCUCAGUGCUGAUUUUGAUGGUGAUUGUGUCCAUCUCUUCUACCCUCAGUCACUUAGUGCUAAGGCAGAGGUUAUGGAGCUUUUCUCUGUGGAGAAGCAACUGCUUAGCUCGCAUACUGGACAGCUGAUUCUGCAGAUGGGUUGUGAUUCUUUACUAUCUUUGAGGGUAAUGCUGGAGGGGGUGUUUCUGGACAAGGCAACUGCUCAACAGUUAGCUAUGUAUGGCUCUCUGUCUCUGCCACCACCAGCACUAAGGAAGUCCAGUAAAUCUGGCCCAGCUUGGACAGUUUUUCAGAUUUUACAGCUUGCCUUUCCAGAGCGUCUGAGCUGCAAAGGAGAUAGAUUCAUGGUUGAUGGAAGUGAUUUGCUGAAGUUUGAUUUCGGGGUUGACGCGAUGGCAUCCAUCAUCAAUGAAAUUGUAACUUCAAUCUUCCUGGAGAAGGGUCCAAAGGAGACACUUGGAUUCUUUGAUUCACUGCAGCCUCUAUUGAUGGAAAGUCUGUUUGCUGAGGGCUUUAGUGUAAGUUUGGAAGACUUAUCCAUGUCCAGGGCAGACAUGGAUGUAAUUCACAACCUAAUAAUCCGAGAGAUUUCACCUAUGGUGUCUCGCUUGAGAUUAUCAUAUAGAGAUGAACUGCAACUAGAGAACAGCCUCCACAAAGUGAAGGAAGUGGCUGCUAACUUUAUGCUGAAGUCAUAUUCCAUGCGGAACUUGAUUGACAUCAAGAGUAACUCAGCAAUCACCAAGCUGGUGCAGCAAACAGGCUUCUUGGGUCUUCAGCUUUCUGACAAGAAGAAGUUCUAUACGAAGACUCUGGUAGAGGACAUGGCCCUCUUUUGUAAGAGAAAGUAUGGCAGGAUUUCUUCAUCUGGUGAUUUUGGAAUAGUGAAGGGCUGCUUCUUUCAUGGGCUGGAUCCGUAUGAAGAGAUGGCUCAUUCAAUUGCAGCUAGGGAGGUAAUUGUUCGCUCUUCAAGGGGGUUAGCUGAGCCUGGAACCCUCUUUAAGAACCUGAUGGCUGUUCUUCGGGAUAUCGUGAUUACAAACGAUGGAACUGUACGAAACACCUGUAGUAACUCAGUCGUCCAGUUCACAUAUGGAGUUGAUUCUGAACGUGGACAUCAAGGUCUGUUUGAAGCGGGAGAACCUGUUGGAGUAUUGGCAGCUACUGCCAUGUCAAAUCCUGCGUAUAAGGCAGUGCUUGAUUCUACUGCUAAUAGUAAUUCAUCAUGGGAGCAAAUGAAGGAAGUUCUGCUCUGCAAAGUCAAUUUCCAAAACACUACUAAUGAUCGGCGCGUAAUUCUUUAUCUAAAUGAAUGCCAUUGUGGAAAAAGGUUUUGCCAGGAAAAUGCUGCUUACACAGUCAGGAACAAGCUGAAGAAAGUUAGUCUUAAAGAUACUGCAGUGGAAUUCCUAGUCGAAUACAGAAAGCAACAAACUAUAUCAGAAAUAUUUGGAAUCGAUUCAUGCCUACAUGGCCAUAUUCAUCUUGAUAAGACAUUGUUGCAAGAUUGGAACAUCAGUAUGCAGGAUAUACUUCAAAAGUGUGAGGAUGUAAUUAAUUCACUAGGACAAAAGAAAAAGAAGAAAGCUACUGAUGACUUCAGGAGAACAAGUUUGUCUGUCAGUGAGUGCUGCUCUUUCCAAGAUCCUUGUGGGAGAAAAGAUUCGGAUAUGCCUUGUUUGAUGUUCUCCUACAGUGCCACCGAUCCUGAUCUAGAAAGAACUCUUGAUGUUCUUUGCAAUACAAUUUACCCGGUUCUGCUGGAAACAGUGAUCAAAGGUGAUCCACGGAUUUGCUCAGCAAAUAUAAUCUGGAAUAGUUCAGACAUGACAACGUGGAUCCGGAAUCGUCAUGCAUCCCGCCGAGGGGAAUGGGUUUUGGAUGUCACUGUUGAAAAAUCUGCUGUCAAGCAAAGUGGUGAUGCAUGGAGGGUUGUGAUAGACGCAUGUCUUUCAGUGCUUCAUCUAAUAGACACAAAACGGUCAAUCCCUUAUUCUAUAAAACAAGUGCAAGAAUUGCUUGGGUUAUCCUGUGCUUUUGAGCAAGCAGUACAGCGUCUAUCAGCUUCAGUGAGAAUGGUCUCCAAAGGAGUUUUGAAAGAACACAUCAUUCUCCUAGCAAACAACAUGACUUGUUCAGGGAAUAUGUUGGGUUUCAAUUCUGGAGGUUACAAAGCUUUGACCCGAUCCUUAAACAUCAAGGCUCCAUUCACAGAAGCAACUCUGAUUACACCAAGAAGAUGUUUUGAGAAAGCGGCUGAGAAAUGUCAUACAGAUUCUCUGUCAACAGUCGUUGGGUCUUGUUCUUGGGGAAAACGCGUGGAUGUUGGUACAGGUUCACAGUUUGAGCUCCUAUGGAACCAAAAAGAGACUGGUCUAGAUGAUAAAGAAGAAACAGAUGUGUACAGCUUCCUCCAAAUGGUCAGAUCCACGACAAAUGCAGAUGCAUAUGUUUCUUCCCCUGGUUUUGAUGUUACAGAGGAAGAAAUGGCUGAAUGGGCUGAAUCGCCCGAGCGAGACUCUUCUCUUGGAGAGCCCAAGUUUGAGGACAGUGCCGAGUUCCAAAAUUUACAUGACGAAGGCAAGCCAUCAGAAUCCAACUGGGAGAAAAGCUCUUCAUGGGACAAUGGUUGCAGUGGUGGUUCAGAGUGGGGAGUCUCAAAAAAUACAGGUGGUGAGGCAAACCCGGAGUCUAAUUGGGAAAAGACUACAAAUGUUGAGAAGGAAGAUGCUUGGUCUAGUUGGAACACUAAAAAAGAUGCUCAAGAAUCUUCCAAGUCAGAUUCAGGGGUUGCUUGGGGCUUAAAGACAAAGGAUGAUGAUGCAGAUACAACACCAAACUGGGAAACAAGACCAGCUCAGACGGAUUCUAUUGUCCCAGAAAAUAAUGAGCCAACUUCUGACGUUUGGGGACACAAAUCUGGUUCAGACAAAUCUUGGGACAAAAAGAACGGGGGAACUGAAUCAGCUCCUGCUGCAUGGGGUUCUACAGAUGCUGCUGUUUGGGGUUCUAGUGAUAAAAAGAACUCGGAAACGGAAUCAGAUGCUGCUGCUUGGGGUUCUAGGGACAAAAAGAAUUCUGAAGUUGGAUCAGGUGCUGCUGCUUGGGGUUCUUGGGGACAGCCAACUCCCACUGCAGCAAACGAGGAUGCCAAUGAAGAUGAUGAAAACCCGUGGGUUUCCUUGAAGGAGACCAAAAGUAGAGAUAAGGAUGAUAAAGAGAGAAUCCAGUGGGGAAAUCCAGCCAAGAAAUUUCCAUCUAGUGGUGGCUGGUCCAAUGGUGGUGGUGCAGACUGGAAAGGAAAGAGGAACCAUACUCCUAGGCCACCUAGAUCUGAGGAUAAUUUGGCUCCCAUGUUUACAGCAACGAGACAGCGCUUGGACUCAUUCACCUCUGAGGAGCAAGAGCUGCUCUCAGAUGUUGAGCCAGUCAUGAGGACUCUCAGGAAAAUAAUGCAUCCGUCUGCGUACCCUGAUGGAGACCCAAUUUCUGAUGAUGACAAGACGUUUGUCCUGGAGAAGAUUUUGAACUUCCAUCCCCAAAAAGAGACAAAGCUCGGUUCUGGUGUUGAUUUCAUCACGGUUGAUAAGCACACCAUCUUCUCAGACAGCAGGUGCUUCUUUGUUGUCUCAACUGAUGGGGCCAAACAGGACUUUUCAUACCGAAAAUCCCUCAACAACUAUUUGAUGAUGAAAUACCCUGACCGCGCUGAAGAAUUCAUUGACAAGUACUUUACGAAACCUCGGCCUAGCGGAAACAGAGACAGGAACAACCAAGAUGCCACACCACCUGGGGAAGAACAGUCUCAGCCUCCGACUCAGUCUAUAGGUAAUGGUGGUGACGACUUUAAGACUCAGACUCAGUCUCAGCCUUCGUCUCAGACUGAGACUCAGACUCAGUCUCCAUCUCAGACUCAGGCUCAGGCUCAGGCUCAGGCUCAGUCUCCAUCUCAGACUCAGACUCAGUCUCCAUCUCAGACUCAGACUCAGUCUCCGUCUCCAUCUCAGACUCAGACUCAGUCUCAGUCUCCGUCCCAGACGCAGACAUAAACUCUUGAGAACCAAAGAAGAUUUGGUUGGUUUAGGUAAACCAUUGAGUCUCCACUGUUUUGUUUUGAGAUGUACAUAAAAGAGUGGAGAGAAUGGCGGGUUUUAUUUAUCAUUAAAAGGCUCUGAUGUGA